AUGGUCUCUCCAGCAAUUAGAGUUGCCCCCUCGGCGGCCAAUCGUGCCCUGGGCUUGCUUCGUACAGUACAAUACACUCACCCACCCAACUGUCCAUGCCACAAGAACCCCAAUCACCACCACAAUCACCAGCAGUCUCCCACUCUGUUGAACCAUGUGAAGCGUCGCUUGUCUACACCCGUGGACCGCUCGCGCGAGAAGGAAUAUGCCUUCGAGAUGGCGGCUUCUAGCAUUCGCUUCGGUCCCGGUGCAACCAAGGAGGUCGGAAUGGACUUCACCAACCUGGGCGCCAAGCGCGUGUGCAUUGUCACCGACUCCAAUGUGGCCAAGCUCGAUGCUAUGAAGCAGGCUGUGGAGGGUCUUACCAACGAGGGUAUCGAAUUCACCAUCUUCGACAAAGUCCGCACUGAGCCCAAGGAUAGCUCUAUCAAAGAGGCCAUCGCUUUCGCUAAGCCUUAUAACCCCGAUGCUUUCCUGGCCGUCGGCGGCGGUUCCGUAAUCGAUACCGCCAAACUGAUGAACCUAUACACCGUCUUCCCCGAAGCCGACUUCCUAGACUUCGUCAACGCCCCUCUGGGCAAAGGCCUACCCGUAGACCGACCUCUCCGCCCCCUAGUCGCCGUCCCAACAACAGCAGGCACAGGCUCCGAAACCACAGGAACCGCCAUCUUCGACCUCGUCUCCAAGGGAGCCAAAACCGGCAUCGCCCAUCGCAACCUCAAGCCCACCCUCGGAAUCUGCGAUCCACUCAACACCCGCACCAUGCCCUCCGCCGUCCACGCCGCCUCAGGCCUCGACGUACUAUCGCACCCCCGCCCAACAAACCCCAUCAACCGGCCCGCCUACCAAGGCGCGAACCCCAUUUCCGACAUCUUCUCGCUCGCCGCACUGCGCUCUACCGUUAAGUAUCUUCCCCGCGCCGUGCGCGAUCCCGACGACCACGAAGCGCAGUCGGAGAUGCUUCUCGCUGCCACGCUUGCGGGCGUUGGUUUCGGAAAUGCAGGUGUCCAUCUGUGCCAUGGUAUGAGUUAUCCGAUUUCCAGCCAGAACCCGGGCUAUAAGCAUGCCGGGUAUGAAGUCGAUCAUCCCAUUAUCCCGCACGGUGUGUCUGUGGCUGUGACAGCGCCUGCGGUGUUCCGGUUUACUGCGGCGUCGAACCCGGAUCGGCAUCUUGCUGCGGCUGAGGCGUUCGGGGUUGAUAUCUCGAAUGUCAAGCGUGAGAGUGCGGGUGAGGUGCUUGGGGCUGCGAUUGCGGAGUUCCUGGUGAAGCUGGGUGACCAGCCGCGUGGUUUGAAGGACUUGGGCUUCAAGGCUGGGGAUGUGGAGGGGCUGGUUGAGGGGACUAUUCCGCAGCAGCGGGUGCUUAUGCUGGCGCCGAGUUUGAGUAAGGAGUUGGAGGCUGAGAGGGGGAGUUGA